AAAAUACUUUUCUUCAAUGGUCUUAUCUGUGGUGUAUACCGCUUGUCGUAGUUUGGGUUUGUUUUGGUUCGGUUACGUUUACGAAAGUUACCAUUCAAAACAAUAUGACCAGAAUGUGCAGGAUUUUCACUAGUUUCACCCGGCUUAGUGCAAGUGGUAAAAGACACUUUUCAGCACGUUCUUCACCGCUAGUUCUAGGAAUCGAAACAAGUUGUGAUGACACUGGAGCCGCAUUGGUUACCGGUACCGGUAAAGUAUUGGGGGAAUACAUUCAUUCACAGCAAAGCAGUCAUCUAAGGUUUGGCGGAAUUAUCCCACCUGUAGCGCAAGACAUCCAUCGUGCAAAUAUUGAAAACGUUGUAAACAAAACGUUUCAGCUAGCAAAUAUAUCUCCAAACGAUAUUGAUGCAGUAGCAGUCACGAAUCGCCCAGGAUUGCCGCUCAGUUUGAUAGUGGGUAUGAGAUAUGCAAAGCAUAUUGCUCGUACAUACGACAAACCUUUGAUACCAAUACACCACAUGCAAGCACACGCUCUGAUGGCACGAAUGAACUCCACCAUACCGUAUCCAUUUCUUUGCCUUCUUGUGAGCGGUGGACAUUCGUUGUUGGUGUUUGUCGAAAGCACCGCUAGGUUCCGUCUGCUAGGUGAAACAUUAGACGACGCUCCCGGAGAAGCUCUCGACAAGAUUGCUCGCCGUUUGAAGCUACGAAACAUAGCCGAAUAUGCACAAAUGUCUGGCGGACAAGCUAUUGAAGUAGCGGCACAGAAAGCAACAAACACAGCUGCGUACGAAUUUCCCUUACCACUGUCAAAGUAUCGUGAUUGCCAGUUUAGCUUUGCAGGGCUCAAAAACACAGCUACGAGACACAUCCUCGAACGGGAAUCAACACUCAAUCUUCCGCCUGAUGCGCUGCUACCGGACUAUGAAGCGUUUUGUGCUUGUUUUCUAAAAGGAGUCACACGACACAUGCUUCACCGAACUCAGCGUGCAAUAGAAUACUGUGAACGACGUAAUCUUUUUUCCAACGUUGACAACCAACGAAGCCUAGUCAUCUCAGGUGGUGUUGCCUGCAAUGAUGUUAUAUUUAAUGCGUUGAGCUCAAUGGCAGCACAGUUCGGUUACAGUACCUAUAGACCUCCGAAGAAACUCUGCACCGACAACGGUACUAUGAUAGCGUGGAAUGGUGUGGAAAAACUACUCGCGACAGAUACUGCUGAAAUGACCAAGAGGUACGAGACAGUCGAUAUAAGUGGAAAAUGUCCUAUAGGUGAAAGUUUAAUAGCCGAUGUAAAGGAAGCGAAUAUAGCAUGUAAGUGGGCCAAAGUUGAUAUAUUCCCUAUGAAGGAAGAACUGGCGUGAAGUUCAAA